UUUUUAUAAUUUUUAUUGUUAUAAAAGCUGAAAACAUUCGUACUAUACGUACAAUGGUGUUUUGUUUUACAAUGUUGAAGUCGUCGGUGCUAUUUAUUGCUUUGCUGGCAGCCAUAUUGGUGGAGGCCAAAGAUGUUUCAAGGGAAAAGGUUCCAUAUGUAGUGUCUAUCCGAGAGGCUGCCAAUCACAUUUGUAGCGGUACAAUAUUACGUGGCAAUUGGGUUUUGACAUCUCCGCAAUUUGUUUAUGAUAAACAACCGAAGGACCUGCUUGUUGUCAUGGGAACAGUUGACAAAACAGAUUCAAAGGCUUUAAGUGUUCACGUAAAGAAAAUAGAAGUUCACCCGAACAACAAUUACAUAAAUUUAGCGUAUUCCUUAGCGCUUUUGAAGACUAAAGAGGAUAUACCGUACAGCAAGCUCGUGUUACCGAUUGAACUUCCGACAGCUCCAACUAGAAUUGGUAAAAAUUUAAUCGCCAUUGGAUGGAAGCUCAAAGGGGAUAAAAAACCAACAAAUAAAUUACAAGUGAAAAAUGUAACAUCUCUAAGUACAAAAAUUUCGCCUCAUGAGUCUGCUUUAGCUAUUAACAAUAACGAAGGAUUUGAUACCGAUGAAGAAUACUUCAGUGACAUCGGAGGGCCAUUAGUUAACAAGGACAAUAAAAUUGUGGGAGUCAUCCAAAUAAUGUUCGAGCCUCCAACAAAACCUUCGGGGUUAUGUGCAAGAGUUUACGAUGGAUUACAAUGGAUUAAUAAAAUGUUAAAGGACAAUUAUUGAAAUAAAAAUGUAUAACUUUUGUUCAUCAAGACAAUUAAAAUUACAAAAAGCAUCUUA